AUGGUUCUACGUAUUAAUGAUAUAGUUGACAUAAGCGAAGUGCUCGGAUUAUCUGUGAAAUAUGAUGCAAAAGAAAGAAUUCAAGUGAAUGCUACAGCUAAUGACAGUCUUUCAUCCUUACAUCUACGUCCAGGAGAUAUAAUACGCGAAGUGAAUGAAUAUCCCAUUGCAAGUAAAACUAUGCUUGAUUAUUUCAUACAAGCAGCAGUCAUUGAAAAUGGUCAGGUAAAUUUUACAAUCGAAAGUUUGGCCGGAGGUAUUGAUAGUUAUCGUGAUCAAGUCGAAUUUGCAAGUGAUGUGCUAGAAAUUGCUCAAAAACAAAUCAUCCAAUUCCGAAUGGCUGUGGCUUCAAAAACAUUAAAUCGUCCAUCGAUAUUACAGAAACAACAUGCAAGUAAAAAUAGCAGGAAGAUUGUUAUUUCCCAGAAUUUUGUUGAAUUACCAAUUGGAGCUGAUUUUGAUCCAUCGAAAUUAAAAGCAUGUAAAGGUGCUAAUGUCGAAAUGCGAAGUAUACAAAAACGUGGUUUUUAA